CCGAACGACCCUUUCUUUCACAUGACAUUUUGUAGUUCAUCAACUUUCAACUUUCAAGCUUUUAAUUUGAAAUCGAGCUCACAUGACACAGAGAGUAUAGUCUGCUUAGCGUCGAGUUGUAAUUGUUAAAAAACCAUAAAGGUCAAGUGCAUCAUCAUGAAACUACAGUAAGGAAUGACAGAGAGCCAUGAGGGACAACAUUAACACAGACACUGUACCAGACACUGGUAUUAUAACUGUGGAGACGGAGGAAGUAGACGAAAUCCACUUUGGACACAUUCCCCAAACUCCCUCACACAGCUGGCCUAAAGCUAUAGGAAUUGUACAGAUUGCCAGUGGAUUUUUUACUACUAUAUUAGCUGUAUUGGAGGUAUUUUAUUUGCCCCUUGUAAAUGAACUGGAUAAUCCCUACCCUCUGUUCCUGGGACCUAGAAACUGCUAUGGAGCUGGUCUCCUGGCGGGGGCAUUUAUGGUGUUAUUAGGCAGUACUGCAGUUAGGGCCUCCAUCAGUAAGAGAGCAACCUCGAUAAAGAAGUUUUUUUCCUUGACUUUGUUUACAUUGGUGUUAUACACAGGAAUUACUUUGUUCCUGAUCAUUGGUUAUGCCAAACACUGGACUUCACAGGACGCCAAUAAUGGGGACAAUUAUUUGUAUGAGAUACACAUUUUUGUGACCAUCAGUACUAUCAUGGGACUUAUUUUCGCUGUGACGGCCUUCGUGCAGUAUUACGAACUUGUGUGUUUCGGAGAGUAUAACUUACACCAUUCCCUUCUUCUCUGUCUACUACCCUGUAUAUUUCGGCGACCCUCAAGUCCAUCUACUGAAAGCCUUGUCAGUAAUCCGAUCUGAUGACAAACGUUUCUUUUGGAAAAUGAAUUUAAUUAUUCUCCACUGUUUGCCAAGACUGUCAGUGAUAAUUAGCUUGCUAAGGAUCAGGCUAUGUUGAACACUGCUUCAGCAAAUUUAUAUUAUAGUGCUCUUCUGAUAUGCAUAAUACAUCUAUCUUUAGUUUAUACUUGCAUUGAUAUCAGUGUAAUAAUGAUUUUUUUUAACAUUUUGUUUAAAUGAAUAUUUAUUAAAUGUGUUGGCCUAGGCUAUAUUCAGAUGCUCUAGAUUUUUUUUUAUACAGUCUCGUGUUGAAGACCACAGUUACCAAGGAUAUUAAUUUAUUAUUUU